AUGAGUAGGCAACUGAGCCGCCUGCUACGAUUAAUCAAACAUCAAAUGGCCAUAAGCUCCUGUUCAGCUUCAAGGAGCAUGAGCCAGAUGCCAACUCCAUGGAGCUCACGAUACUCAUGCGCUGGGAAAGAAGCCUCCAGCAACAGACAGAGCAUAAAAGAGAUCAAGGUAUAUAAGAUAGCUAGCUCGUAUGAUAUAUUUAUCUAUUUAUUUAUAUGUUCACCGGGCACUAGUUACAACUAA